AUUCAGCUUUGGAUAUACCGUAGAUUCAGCUCUAAACAUGUAGCAGUGUUAAAUUUUUUAUAAAUGAGAUAAUUUUUCGUCUAUUAUAAUUCAUUCAACUCGAGAGAUUAGUUUCUGCAAUUGCGUGCUGAGACAACUUGAUAUUAAGAGUUUGAAGCAAACACUACGUGCAACCAUAAACCCUAAAUGUCCCUCUUCAAACACAUCACCCGCCAAAAUUUACCCACCGUGUUCUUCCUCACGCGCCACCUCUCCUCCGCCACCACCACCGCAUCCAAACUCCACGAUCGUUACACUUUCGAACCACCAGAUUCCCUCUCUUCCUCUUCUCAAAACCCCAAUGAACCACCACCUAAACCCCACACAAAAAAACCCAAGCCUAGGUACCAACCUCCGUCAUCACUCGACCGAACCGGAAAAAAACCGAUUCGCUCGAGUCUACCGUUCGAUUUCCGGUUCAGCUACACGGAGAGCAGCCAAAAGGUGAGGCCAAUCGGACUUAGAGAACCGAAAUACUCUCCGUUUGGACCGGACCGGAUCGACCGGCCUUGGACCGGGGUUUGCGCACCGGCGGUGGAUCCAAAGGUGAAGGAUUUGGAUGGAGAUGAAGACCCGAAGUUGGAAGAGGAGAGGAAGAAGAAGAGAGAGCAUGUUCAAGGGGAUCCGCUUACCAAUGCUGAAAGGAAAGCCCUAGUUUUGCAAUGUGAAAGAGGAAAAACUAAGCGCCAAGUCAAUAUGGGGCGGGAUGGUUUAACUCACAACAUGUUGAUUGAAAUUCAUAACCAUUGGAAAUAUACGGAAGCUGUUAGGAUCAAAUGCAUGGGUGUUCCUACUGUGGAUAUGAAAAACGUUUGCGCACAGCUUGAGGACAAAACAUUUGGAAAGGUCAUUUUUAGACAUGGGGGUACACUUAUAUUAUACAGAGGUAGGAAUUAUAAUUCGAGAAAGAGGCCUGUAAUUCCUAUCAUGUUGUGGAAACCUCAUGAACCCGUAUAUCCGAGACUGAUUAAGACAACAAUUGAUGGCUUGAGUAUCGAGGAAACAAAAGCAAUGAGGAAGAGAGGAUUAGCUGUUCCCGCUUUAACAAAACUCGCGAAAAAUGGCUAUUAUGCUCAUUUGGUAUCCAUGGUCAGAGAUGCUUUCCUCGUGUGUGAAUUGGUUCGUAUAGACUGCCAGGGUCUCGAGAGGAGUGAUUACAAGAAAAUCGGCUGCAAACUUAGGGACCUAGUCCCUUGUAUUUUGGUGACUUUUGAUAAAGAACAAAUUGUUGUUUGGAAGGGGAAGGAUUAUAAGCACUUGAAGGAUGAAUACUUUCUUAAAGAUCGAGAAUCAUUUGACGAUGAUGAUGAUGGUGGUGGUGGCGAUGACUUGCUUACGGACGAGGAUGAAGAGCUUAAUAACACUAAUUUAUGAGAUUCACACUUCAGUCAGAUGUGAUGAUCUCAUAUAAUCUUACUUUGUUCAAAUUGUGACCUUAAAUCAGAAGUUACCAAAAGAGAGUGUAAUUGGAGCACAUAUGUACAUUUAUAAAAUUAUACUGGUGUAAUAUUUUCACUAUAUAUAGGGCUUGUUUGGAUUAGAA